UAUGGCUAUUUCAGAGUAUUUGGACAUUGUGUAGACAAAAUGUGUGUAAAGGACGGGGCAUGUUUCUGAUUAUAAUGUGUGCAUAUACAGAAUAGCAUGUCAGGUGGCAUGUCAAAGCAUUCCUCCUUAUGUCAUUUAACAAGAUAAACUUAAGCCCAUGAAGGCAUUACAUGGUUAUGCGAUUAUGCUAUGCUUAGUGUAACAUUGCAACAAACACAACAUAGGAAAUGUAAGACUGUAGGACACAAAAUGGAUGGCGGUGAUCCAAAAGAGAAUCAGAGGGAGUUAUGGACAAUGCUGAGGGAAGCAGAUGACAAGAGGAUGUGGCUGAAAAAGGGGCUGCCCUAUUCACUAUUCAGUAGACCUAAACCAAGAGGCCUGUUGGGACAAACGCUGUCAGUGGAAUGGGAAACAUUCUGUUGUGGGAGUUCUGUGUGUUUUCAGAACUGUCCUUCCAACUGCUCAGCUACCAUAGCAAUAUUGGUCGAAACACACACACACACACACAGUUCUUUUAUUCCCUCUCCCAUUGUGUCCUGGAGUCAACCCUGAAACCAUUGAUCAUACUGACAGAGGGACACCAGAUACAGACACCAGUGGGAGGAGAGGCAUCUGGUUGUACCCAGAGUUGGCAUUUAAGGAGUAUUUCACAAUCUUUUCUCCAGUCACAACUUUCAAAUAACAUGAGGGGAUCCCAGAGUUAUUUUCCGGCACGUACCGUGCUCUUCCGGAAGGAGGCGAGUGGGGUGACAUACCGUGUGCCUGCACUGAUCUACCUACCCAGCUCCUCGUCCUUCCUGGUCUUCUGUGAGGAACGACUGAGCCCAGCCGAUGCACAGGCCAACCUGCUGGUCAUGCGCAAGGGCAAGUUCUACAGGAAUUAUGUGGAGUGGAAUGACAUGCGUGUGCUGGCCACAGCACAUCUGCAGGGUCACAGGUCAAUGAACCCUUGCCCAGUGUAUGAUGAGUUCACCGGCACCCUCUUCCUUUUCUUCAUCGCUGUGCUGGGACACACCUCAGAAGCCUAUCAACUAGUGACAGGGAAGAAUGUGACACGCCUUUGUUACGUGUCCAGCAACGACCACGGGGACACCUGGAGCCCUGUGACAGACCUCACCAAGAGAGUGAUAGGAGACACCAUUAAGGAGUGGGCCACAUUUGCUCUGGGUCCUGGCCACGGAAUCCAGCUGAAGUCAGGCCGUCUCCUGGUCCCAGCAUAUGCAUACCACAUCGACUGCAAAGAGUGCCUUGGAAGGGUGUGUCUGACCACACCCCACUCCUUCUGUUUCCAUAGCGACACACAUGGGCUUGUGUGGCGGUUUGGAGAAGCGGUCCCCGGGCCAGAGAGCGUAGAGUGCCAGAUGGUGUCGGUCGACGAGGAGGACGGGUCCAACAUCUUGUAUUGCAAUGCUAGGAGCCCACUAGGGUGCCGGGUGCAGUCCCUCAGCCUGGACGACGGCGCUGUGUUUCAGGAUGGUCAGCUGGUGCAGAAAUUGGUGGAGCCGCGCAAUGGGUGCCAUGGCAGUAUCAUUGGCUUCCCUGCCCCUCUGCAGCUUCUACAGGAGGCCAGGGACACACGUCUGCGGCACUGGACGUCUCUUCUUACUUCCUCUAGUCCAUCUGCCUCAGUCUCAAAUCAUGAACAGAAUUUCCUCACACCCACUUGGGUGGUGUAUUCUCACCCCACCUGGCCCAAUGCACGCAGGGACCUGGGGGUGUUCCUGAGCCUCUUCCCCCGUGAUCCAGACAGCUGGUCUGGGCCUUGGGUUAUCUACGAGGGGCCGAGUGCCUACUCAGACUUGGCCUACCUGGAGCUGCCCUCUCCCGGAGUUCCCCCAGUCACAGCCUUUGCCUGUCUGUUUGAGAACGGCACAAGGACAGCAUAUGAUGAGAUCUCUUUCAGCAUCUUCACACUCUAUGAGCUCAUUGACAACCUCCCUCCAAACAAAUGCCAACUCACAGAGCCGAGCUCCAAGCUACAGAAAACUAGUAAGAGAAAGCGAUGGAAGUCCUGCAGCCUUUGUUGUGUGUCUUAAAAGUAGUUAAGCCUUUUGUGCAGAUAGCUCUGUAGGUAUUAGUUUAUAAUGAUAUUGUUAGUUUGUAAAAUUACCACCACACAUGUACUGGGGUAGUGUCUCAUGUCAAGUGUUUAGAGGCACGGUGACUCAGCAGUCACAUCAUUAAAAAAAAAGAAUUCUGGCUCCUUAGCCCCUCAGAUAAUACAUGCAGUAUGACAAUGGCCUUGACCCAAUCAUGAGAAUAGUACUGAAUAGUACUCAGUUUAGAAAUAGUUAAAAAUAUUAGGCAAUAAUGCAUACUUUCACUGCUGUAGGGAGGCUUUAUAAUGCUUUAUUCAAACACUUAUAAAAUGUUCAAUUUGGUUUAUGAUUCUCUGAUCUUAUAUCCUUACUUACUUUACCUCUAGUAUACAAACCCUAAAUAUAUUUUUUUAACUAUGUGUUUUAUUUGGUGCAUGAUGUACAGCUGCCUUCAGGUUUUUCUGGUUGAGAGCCAUUUAAGAAUUUACACCAUUUUGUGCUUGAUGCUUGAAAUGCCUCUAUACAUGUCUCUGUAUCAUUUUCUAUACUCUGUACUUUAUAAUGAAUGUCUUUUCAUCACCAUGUUCUCACUGUCAUUUUAACAGUGUUUUGAAGUACUGGAAGGAAAAUCCCUCUGAAAACACACAAUAUAUUUAUGUAACUCAUAAUUCUCAGCCCAGUGGCAAUGUAUGGAUGCUCCUGUCCAGAAAACUGAGAUGCAGUAGAGUACAGUGGAGAUCAAUAAAUAACUGCACCAGAUGUACAAUGAAAAUUAAAUACAGAAAACAUCA